AUGCGGCAUCUGUGCCGGGGCCGCGUGCUGGGCAUCUCGGUGGCUAUCGCGCAUGGGGUCUUCUCGGGCUCCCUCAACAUCUUGCUCAAGUUCCUCAUCAGCCGCUACCAGUUCUCCUUCCUGACCCUGGUGCAGUGCCUGACCAGCUCCACGGCGGCGCUGAGCCUGGAGCUGCUGCGGCGCCUGGGGCUCAUCGCCGUGCCCCCCUUCGGCCUGAGCCUGGCGCGCUCCUUCGCUGGGGUCGCAGUGCUCUCCACGCUGCAGUCCAGCCUCACGCUCUGGUCCCUACGCGGCCUCAGCCUGCCCAUGUACGUGGUCUUCAAGCGCUGCCUGCCCCUGGUCACCAUGCUCAUCGGCGUUCUGGUGCUCAAGAACGGCGCGCCCUCGCCCGGGGUGCUCGCGGCCGUGCUCAUCACCACCUGCGGCGCAGCCCUGGCAGGAGCGGGCGAUCUGACCGGCGAUCCCAUCGGGUACGUCACGGGCGUGCUGGCAGUGCUGGUGCACGCCGCCUACCUGGUGCUCAUCCAGAAGGCCAGCGCGGACACAGAGCACGGGCCGCUGACCGCUCAGUACGUCAUCGCCGUGUCCGCCACCCCACUGCUGGUCCUCUGCUCCUUCGCCAGCACCGACUCUAUACACGCCUGGACCUUCCCUGGCUGGAAGGACCCUGCCAUGGUCUGCAUCUUCGUGGCCUGCAUCUUGAUCGGCUGCGCCAUGAACUUCACCACGCUGCACUGCACCUACAUCAACUCGGCGGUGACCACCAGCUUCGUGGGUGUGGUGAAGAGCAUCGCCACCAUCACAGUGGGCAUGGUGGCCUUCAGCGAUGUGGAGCCCACCUCUCUGUUCAUUGCCGGGGUGGUGGUGAACACCCUGGGCUCCAUCAUUUACUGUGUGGCCAAAUUCUUGGAGACCAAAAAGCAAAGCAACUACGAGGACCUAGAGACGCAGCGGGGGGGAGAGGAGGCACAGCCAAGUGGAGAUCAGCUGCCGUUUGUCAUGGAGGAGCUGCCCGCGGAGGAUGGAAAUGGCGGGUCAGAAGGUGGCAAGGCAGCAGGUGGCUCCACUCAGAAGAGUGGGCAAGAGGCAAGGGGCAGCCCCAGAGGAGGCCCGCUGGUGGCUAGGAGCUCACACAACACAGCCGCUGGCCCGGAGGAAGUGAGCAAGAGGUCACUGAAGGAUGCUUACCUCCAAGUGUGGAGGUUAGUUAGGGGAACCAAGUACAUGAAGAAGGAUUAUUUGAUAGAAAAUGAGGAGUUACCCAGUCCUUGAAAAGGAAAUGCAUGUAUGUAUAUAUGUACAUACACUUAUUUUGUAUGUUAGAGAUACUGUAUUUUAAUGAGGGGCUGCCUGAUUUUAUUCUUUGAGGAGUGGGGAAGGGAAGCAAAGAAGGAAGCUGUAACAGACUGACAGUAACAGUGUAAGCAUCGUGUGAAUUAUUUAGCGUGAGCUUACCUGAGGCAUCGCAGAGACAAAAGCAUGUGAAGGUGCUUAAUGAGGGAAAGCAGCGGUUCUGGCUGCAGACUCCUGGCACACGAAUUGUAUGUCUUUAUAACCGUAACCAAAUAUCUGCAUGUACUUACAAUUCCUCAGUCCACCCCUUCCAAAGAUGGAGCAUAGACAGGAUGCCCACACUUAAAAAGCUCAAAGAGGACCCAGGUACAUCUUCAGUGAUAGUAGAGCUACAGUUUUUAUAGCCAGCU